AUGCGAAGGUAUCAUCAAUCACAGCCUUUCAAACCCUUCCAUAUCUCCUCCCAACGGGUCCCAGCUAUACCAUAUCAAUCCUGCCCAUACCAGAGUAGAGCAGAAGCUAUCGACCAAAGACUCGUCGAAGGCUCGCAGCAACAACGACACAGCAGUCCAUCGCCACAACGGCCUUUCAGUACUCUGGCACCCUCUCUCCAGAAUGAAGAUCCGGGAUUGGAUGCUUUUGAUCUGGAAUUACUAGCUCAGAACGACGGAGAGAUGGCGAAUAAUGAUGCAAAUCUAGGUUCCCUUCAGUUGACUUUCCAGUGUGGAUCUCAGCCGGAGAAUAUCUCUCGCUUCUUUCAGCCGAGUUCUAGUAUGACUCCUUACAGCGGCGAGGCGUCUACUUCGUCGGAUCAUGGUCCCAAAAUACCGCUCAGCCCAUUGGCAUUCGUUCGUCAGAGGACGGAGGUGAGGCAGAUGGAACAAAGGGAUCUUGAGAUGAAUCGGGGUUUAUACCAUGUGGAGGCCACACAAUCCUCGCCCCAGUAUUUGGCUACCCAUCCGAGUCCUGGGGUGAUGACUGGAAACCGGCGACAAGGACCUUUCAUUCAUAUCCCGCCGUCCGUUCGGGGCAUUGUACUCGUUUCCGUUAACGAUCUACCGGAGAAUUAUCGCUCGAUGUUCCCUUUUCCAUUGUUCAACACCAUCCAGUCCAAAUCCUUCCACGCUGUCUACAACAGUAACGACAACAUCGUUCUGUCUGCCCCAACGGGCAGUGGCAAGACAGUGAUCAUGGAACUGGCCAUCUGCAGACUCCUCAAUACUUUGAAAGACGAAUGCUUCAAAGUUGUCUACCAAGCACCCACAAAAUCCCUCUGCGCCGAAAGAUUCAGAGACUGGUACUCGAAGUUCUCAACCCUGAACCUCAAUUGCGCAGAGCUAACCGGUGACACGGAUCACAUGCAACUGCGCGCUGUGCAAAGCAGCCAGAUAAUCAUCACAACACCAGAGAAGUGGGAUAGCAUGACGCGGAAAUGGAAAGAUUACGGGAAGUUAAUGCAACUCGUGAAACUAUUCCUCAUUGAUGAAGUGCACAUUCUCAAAGAAACUCGUGGCGCAACUCUCGAGGCGGUCGUAUCCCGCAUGAAAAAUAUCGGAUCGAAUGUUCGCUUCGUCGCGCUUAGUGCUACUGUUCCCAAUUCUGAGGAUAUAGCUACUUGGCUUGGGAAGGAUGCCACGAAUCAACAUAUUCCUGCGCACAGAGAGCAUUUCGGGGAGGAGUUCCGUCCUGUGAAGCUCAAGAAGGUUGUUUAUGGGUAUCAGUCUACUCUGAAUGACUUUGCUUUUGACAAAGUCUGUGGUUCGAAGUUGCCAGAGGUCAUUGGGAUGCAUUCGAGCCAGAAACCCAUUAUGAUUUUCUGUUGUACUCGCAACUCAUCUCUUUCGACGGCGAAGGAGCUGGCUCGUCUUUGGACGAUGACGAACCCGCCAGCUAGGCUUUGGAAGGGACCUGUGAGACCCCUCGAUACUCAUAACGAUGACCUAAAGACAACCAUCGCCGCGGGUGUCGCAUUCCACCACGCCGGCUUAGGACCCGCAGACCGCCACACAGUCGAAGCAGGCUUUAGAGAUGGACACAUCAGCGUGAUAUGUUGCACAUCAACCCUCGCAGUGGGCGUCAAUUUACCAUGCCACCUGGUGAUAAUCAAAAACACCGUCAGCUGGCAAGAAGGCGGCUGCAAGGAGUAUUCUGAUCUAGAGAUGAUGCAAAUGCUGGGCCGCGCAGGACGGCCUCAAUUUGACGACAGUGCAACGGCGGUUAUCCUCACUCGAAAGGAACGGGUGAACCACUACGAGAAACUCGUUUCUGGGUCGGAAAGUUUGGAAAGCUGUCUGCAUUUGAAUUUGAUUGAUCAUCUCAAUGCUGAAAUUGGGCUGGGGAAUAUCUCUGAUAUUGAUUCUGCUAUCAAGUGGCUUGCUGGGACUUUUCUGUUUGUUCGACUUCGGCGCAAUCCUACUCAUUUCAAGCUGAAAGAGGGUGCGAAUCAGGAGGAUGAGGAUGAGCUCUUACGACAGAUUUGCAAGAAGGAUAUUCAUCUCCUGAGGGAGGUUGGGCUUAUUGAGGCUGAUAGCCUUUGCUCGACUCAAUUUGGCAAUGCCAUGGCUCGGUACUACAUUCGCUUUGAGACGAUGAAGGUCUUGUUGUCAUUGAAGCCACAAGCAACACUAUCAGAGACCCUCACCGUGAUCUCCCAAGGCGACGAAUUCCGUGAAGUCCGCCUGAAAGGAGGCGAAAAGUCCCUGUACCGCGAAAUCAACCGUGAUCCCGGCAUCCGAUUUCCCAUAAAAGUCGAUAUAGCACUCCCAUGCCACAAAACCUCCCUCCUCUUGCAAUCCGAACUCGGGGCAAUCGAUUACCCAGACAGCGAUCAACUUCAAAAACACAAAUUCACCUUCAAUCAAGACAAAACCCUCGUCUUCGCCCAUGUCAACCGACUUGUCCGCUGUUUAAUCGACUGCCAAAUCGCGCGUGGAGAUUCAGUUGCUAUCCUCAACGCCAUGGAACUUGCUCGAAGCUUCGGUGCUAAGGUCUGGGAUCACUCCCCUCUCCAGAUGAAGCAGAUUGAACAAGUUGGUGUCGUGGCUGUUCGGAAAUUCGCUGCUGCUGGUAUUACCAGCCUUGAAACUCUGGAAGAAACGGAGGCUUAUCGGAUUGAUAUGAUCUUGAGUAAGAAUCCGCCUUUCGGGGCGAAGUUGUUAUCGAGAUUGAAGGGGUUUCCUAAGUUGAGGGUUGCGGUGAGGAUGCUGGGGAAGGAAGUCAAGAAUGGGGGUGUGACUCUCCGAUUCAAGGUCGAAGUUGCUUUUAUGAAUGAAAAGAUUCCGACAUUCUUUCAGCGCCGGUCUGUUUAUGUGUGCUGUUUGACCGAGACGUCUGACGGCCGCAUGGUUGAUUUUCGACGGACUUGUGCGAGAAAGCUCCAGGAGCGCUUGGAGAUUGAUCUUUCUGCGGAGUUGAUGAGUGCUGAGCAGUUUGUUGUUUGUCAUGUCAUGUGCGAUGGCAUUGCUGGAACGGGGAGGAUGGCUGAGCUCAAACCCCAGCUUUCGCCUUCGUUAUUUGCUCCUGUGCGAGAAGGGUCUCCGACUCCCGUUCAUGCUCGUCGCCCAACGGAAAACAUCCGUAGGAUAGUUGGUACCAACACUUCGAGACCUCGCCAAGUUGCGAAAAAUCUUGCCCAAGGGCAGGCCACUCGUUCAAAUGGCCCCGUCUUGAUAAAUGAUACUCCCAAACCCCAUCGAGACUUGGACGAUCUCGACUUCGAUGGCGACGAUCUACAGCUGGAUGAUUUCCUGGUCGUCAAUGGCCGCACAACCAAACUCAAACAUCAUUCCAAGCCAAUGUUUCAGCCAAAUGAUGAGAUUGACUGGUUCUCGAUUGAUACCACCCCAAGUCCGUCCCAUCGGGGAAAGAAGGCUUCAAACUCUCGAGAAGAUGGAUGGGCCCCAGAAACGGGCGAACAAGAAGACGAGAGCCCUGAGCCAAUCCGACUUGCCAAUGGAAAGUGGGCUUGCAAUCACAGGUAUCAGACUGACUGUCCCAGUUGCAAGCACUUUUGCUGCCGAGAUGGCUUGGACAAGCCUCCAAAGCCAGCGAAAAAGCGGACUAUUCCUGCGAACCCAAAGGAGAGUGUUCUCAAUCAAUUGACGAUUUCUGACAGUAACACAAAAGUCACUCCCUUAAACAAUGCGCGUACGGGAAGCCAAGUGGCAAAGCAACGGAAUGGCCAAUCCAAGAAAGCUGACAAUCUCUCAAAGGCAAAGAGCUUGACAUCCCAGGUCGGAAAGAAAGCUUCAAUCCAAGGAAAGUUCGCUCUAUCAGACAGAAGCAGAAGUAUGUUUUCAAACAAGACCAAGCGAGUGUUGAGCCCAAUGAGAAUCCAUUCGAGUGACUAUGGUGACGACGACUUCAGCGAUCUUAUCUCUCCGUCCUCCCUCCUAGGAGAACCAGGUAACAGCUUUGCAAGACCAGACUCGCCAAUGACAGAACCACAAACACAAAAUGCUUUCACGGCUAUGAAUUCCAGACCAAAGAAGCAUUCAAUAAGUUCAGCACCGUCUGCUCCCCAGGCUGAGUCGUCCUCUCUUGGAAGCCAAACCAAACCAUCAAGCCCCCAGACUCAACACGAGGUAAUCGAAAUUCAGGAUGACACAUCCCCGGAAUCUGUGAAGCGAGCAGUCUCAAAACACAGGAAACUUGCGAAGCAAAGCACACUCCCAGUCACAAUGGAAAGGAAUUCGGCACGCAACCUGAAACGAAAGGCAAGUCAAACUGAGCCCAAGGACGAAGAAAGCCAAGGCGACUCCAGGCGACACUCUUCUAUCUCCUCUUUUCUGAUGCAGCCUUUGAAAUACAUGGGUGUUCGAACACCACACCCACCACAGAAGGAUGCGCCUUCUUUCCCCAUGGAUGAAGCUGACAUGGCGCUCCCUGCUGAAUGGCAUGAUGAUGAUACUUCUGAUUUGCCUGAUAUCUUCAAUGAUAUCAUUGAUUUUGACUAG